AUGAAACUAAAUGGACCUGGUCGUGAGAUGAAACUAAAUGGACAUGGUCGUGAGAUGAAACUAAAUGGACCUGGUCGUAAGAUGAAACUAAAUGGACCUGGUCGUGAGAUGAAACUAAAUGGACCUAGUCGUGAGAUGAAACUAAAUGGACCUGGUCGUGUGAUGAAACUAAAUGGACCUGGUCGUGAGAUGAAACUAAAUGGACCUGGUCGUGAAAUGAAACUAAAUGGACCUAGUCGUGAGAUGAAACUAAAUGGACCUGGUCGUGAAAUGAAACUAAAUGAACAUGGUCGUGAGAUGAAACUAAAUGGACAUGGUCGUGAGAUGAAACUAAAUGGACCUGGUCGUGAAAUUUAA